CAGUGAACGGGAUAAUCCAGAGCUGGAUUUUAUUGGCAAGUGGGGGUUGUUUGGUUGUUUGGAUUUUAUUGGUUGGGGGAAGUUUUGGGGCCGGGAUCCUCAAAGGAGGCAGCUCAACAACACAUUUAAAUAGAAAUUUAAAGCAAUUAAGCAAUUAAAUUGUGUUGUUUUAACAAUGGGGUAGGCUGGCAGCAGCUUUGCUGAGUACCACAUGCUGUGAAGGGACAGGAGACCCACAAGGAUCCUCAGGAAACAUCCCCAAUCCCUGGAAGGUUCCUCAGAGGAGGGAUGUGAUCACCUCUCAAAGUUGUUGGGCAGGGAACAGUCUUGACCCUGCUGGGGUGUGGCCCAACACAGAUAAAUUAGGAUAUUUCAGUCUCUUCAAAUCCCAAUGUGUCCUGCCCAGCCCAACACAUCACUCAGAGGGAUCCAGAAUGAUUUCAAAACCCUUUCAGAAGGUUUAAGAAGGUUUUAAAAUCGUCUUUAUUGACACAAAAGUAGUUUUAGAGCCCUGCCAAACACUAAUGCUCCCAGUUGUGAAAUACUUUGGACAACCCACGUCAUGCUCCUUGGAGCAGGAGGUUGAAACUGAGUGCAUCUGAGGGUGUGCCUGGGAGCAUGGGUUUUUGUUGGAAUUCAGUGAACCCAGCCCCUGGUGUCAGGCUGAAAAUGACAGAUUUAGCUACAACAAGGGUUCCCCUCAAGGGUGUGAUGCAUCAGAGAGUUCGCAGGGCUCUGUGAUGAGUGACAGCCCGCGACCCAGGGAAUUUGAGUUGGAGUUUGGCUCCAACAUCAACAAUGCUUUUGUUUUUCUUUGCUCUUUGGGGAGUGUUUGCAGGCAGGUCAUGGUUGUGGUAAAGUGAGGAAGGCGUCCUUUCAAAUCUGAAAACAAUGAAGAGAAUGAAACAACCCCCAAAAAAUGACAUCUCCACUCCCCCCUGGCACCGACCAACUCCCUGUGCCCAUAAAAAGGGGGGACCCAGCAGCUGCUCCCACAGGACUUGGCUCCUCUCGCCUCCCAGGCUCCAGCCUCAGCUCUUUGCUCAGAAUUUUGGGGACCCUUCACCAUGUCUCGGCAGUCCUGUGCUCUUGGCAAGGGGUUCAGCUCCAGCUCUGUGUGUUUCGGGGGCAAGAACAAGGUCACAUUCAGCUCCAUGCCCCGUGGGGGAUGCCGGGGAUCUGGUGGUGCCGGUGGCUUCAGCACCAGGAGCCUCUAUUCUCUGGGGGGCAGUAAAAGCACCUCCCUGGGAGGAUUUGGAGGGGCUGGUGUUGCCUGCAGAGGCUUUGGUGGCCCAGGAGGCUUUGGCUUUGGGGCAGGAGCAGGAUUUGGGGGUGGCUAUGGUGCAGGGUGCUUUGGUGGGGGCCUCAGCAGUGGCUUUGGUGGAGGAUCUGAUGGUGGGAUGGGCGGCCAAGGCUUCCCUCUGUGCCCCCCGGGUGGUAUCAGGGAGGUGACCAUCAACCAGAGCCUGCUGGCCCCCCUCAACCUGGAGAUUGACCCUGAGAUCCAGAAGGUUCGGACACAGGAACGAGAGGAGAUCAAGAAACUCAAUGACAAAUUUGCGUCCUUCAUCGACAAGGUCCGGUUCUUGGAGCAACAGAACCGAGUCCUGGAGACAAAGUGGAAGCUGCUGCAGGAACAGGGUGGUACAGGAACAGGGGGCAGGAACCUGGACCCCUUCUUUGAGACUUACAUCAGUGGGCUGAGGAAGCAGUUGGAUUGUCUCUCCAGUGAGAAGCACCAGCUGGAGAUGGAGCUGAAGAGUUUCCAGGACAUGGUGGAGGACUUCAAGACAAAGUACGAGGAGGAAAUAAACAAAAGGACAGCGGCUGAGAACGAAUUUGUGCUCCUGAAGAAGGACGUGGAUGGAGUCUACAUGACCAAGGUGGAGCUCCAGGGAAAACUGGAUUCUCUGUCGGAUGAGAUAAACUUCCUCAAGUGUCUUUACGAAGCAGAGCUGUGCCAGAUGCAGAAGACUGUGUCUGACACCUCAGUGGUGCUGUCCAUGGACAACAACCGGAACCUGGACCUGGACAGCAUCAUCGCUGAGGUCAAGGUGCAGUACGAGGAGAUCGCCAACCGGAGCCGGCUGGAAGCCGAGUCCUGGUACCGGUGCAAGUAUGAGGAGCUGCAGGCAACCGCAGGCAAACAUGGGGACAGCCUCAAGGACACCAAGAUCGAGAUCUCAGAGCUCAACCGCAUGAUCCAGAGGAUCCGAGCUGAGAUUGAGAGUGUGAAGAAGCAGUGUGAGACUGUUCAGACAUCAAUUGCGGACGCGGAGCAGCGUGGGGAAGUGGCUCUCAAGGAUGCCAGAGACAAACUGGCCGAGCUGGAGACAGCCCUGCAAAAAGCCAAGGCUGACAUGGCCCGACAGCUCAGGGAAUAUCAGGAACUCAUGAACGUCAAACUAGCCCUGGAUGUGGAGAUUGCAACCUACAGGAAGCUGUUGGAGGGCGAGGAGUGCAGGAUGUCUGGAGAGUGCCAGAGCUCCGUCAGCAUCUCUAUGGUGGGCGGCAGCAGCUCUGUGGGAGGUGGAUACGGCGGCGGAUUGUGCCUUGGAGGAGGAGGAAUUGGCUUUGGAAGUGGGAAAGGCAGCUGCAACACGGGCAAUGCUGGUUUAUGCUUCAGCCUGGGAGGGGGUGGAUUUGGUGCUGGGGGUGGAUUUGGCUCCCUGGGUGGGGGAUCUAACUCGGUGGUGGUGGGGGGAUCUGGCACCAUCCUGAAGAACAGUGGCCCCACUGGCCGGAGGGCAUAG